AUGCACAAACCAGUCUUUGCAUGGCCCAAGAGACUCAAACACAUUGCCAUCAAGCACGUGUUCAUGUACAACCACAUUCAGCACAAGGACAUCUCAGUCAACUACAUCCCCAUGAACAAGAACCUGGCGGAUUUCCUGACCAAGCACAUCACCAGUCCAAAGCUCGUUACAAGGCAAAACUGGACCUCUCCACCAGAGGCUGAAUCCUAUCUCGACCUUCCAACAUUGCCGGAGGCACCAUCGACGGCGAGUGGGCCGUGGGCUCGGCGGUGGUGGACAUCUUCAAGCUUGGCGCUCUUUGCUGGAGGCUACCUCGGCGAGAGCGUCGCCUUCGAUCUCCACGUCACGUUCGCCGACGCCGUCAGUGUCGCCCACACCCUCCACUACGCCAUCUACCACGCCGUCACCGUCGCCCACACCCUCCACUACACCAUCGACCACGCCGUCACCGUCGCCCUCACCUUCGCAGACGCGGUCAGCGUCGCCCAUAGUUUCCACUACGCCAUCGAUCACGCCCCCAGCCAUUCGCCAUCUGAUCACGGCGGCUCAAGCGACAAGAAACUGGCGCUGGGCCUCGGCCUGGGUGUUGGUAUAGCGGCGGUGGGCGGCUUGGUCGUCGUGGGUGGUGCAGUCACGCUCCACUACGUCAGGAAGAGACAACGAUCUCGCGACAGCUUUGACUAUCAGCUGGUUUCAAACCUUUAA